GCUAGCUAUAGCAAGCAAAAGCAAAAAUGACAAGAAAGAAGGUUAAGCUAGUUUGGAUAGUGAAUGAUGCAGCAAGAAAAGCAAGUCUCAAAAAAAGGAGAACAGGAUUAUUGAAGAAAGUGAGUGAACUAACAACCUUAUGUGAUGUUAGUGCAUUUGCUAUCAUCUACAGUCCAGAUGAGACUGAACCAAUGUUUUGGCCAUCACGACCAUUGGUGGAACAACUACUGAUGAGGUAUCAAAACAUACCGGAAAUUGAACGGACCAAAAAGAUGAUGAAUCAGGAAAGCUACCUAAAAGAAAGAGCGGUCAAAGUGCAAGAACAAUUAAGGAAGAACCAAAGAAAGAAUUUAGAGAUUGAGAUGAGUUAUCUGAUGGAUAAACUUCAUAAAGGUAAUGGAGCUGAUGAUUUUGAGUCUAAUGAGUUGCAUGUUUUGAUUUGGUUAUUAGGAGAGAAAAUGAAAGAUUUAAGAAAAAGAGUUGAUUAUUUCCAACAAGUUCCUCCUCUUCCACCUGCAACCUCUUUUCUUCCUCCUCUUCCAUCUCCUAAUGAGGACCCUACUGUGCAAGAAAUGGGCCACCAAUUAACCGCUACUACUGGUGCUAAUGCUGGUGGUGAUGGUGGUGGGGUUGGAGAUAUCAGGAAUAGUAAUUCUGGAAAUACUAUGAUAUCGGAUCAAUGGUAUCUUAAUAUUAUUAGCAAUAACAAUGAUAAUCUUGCUAGUAGUAGUGGUGCUAAGAAUGAUAUGAUGAACCACCACCCCUAUGGCUAUAAUAUCACCCACAAUGGUGGUGAUACGGGGUUUCCUACUGGGUCCACUGGUAAUACUUUCAGCCUGGGUCUCCCCUUGAGUAAUAUCAAUAUGAGUGGUGGUGGAAAUCAUUUUGAGAUGGGACAACUAUCUAUUCAUGGCAAUAUCAACUCUACAAGUGGACACUCGUUUGGGUUAGGGUUGCAACCUUAUCAGGGUAACAUUGAUAAUUAUAGUGGUGGAAACGGUAUGGGACUAGGGAUGCCUUCUCCAACUACUGGAAUCGAAGCCGGUGACCCAGGGAUGCAUGAACAUUUUGCUGGUGGAAAUGACACAGGAACGCUAUAUGAUGUUACUAAACCUUGGCAUCAUAAUUUCUCCCAUUGAAUAUUAUUGUUGAGCCUUUCUCAAUUUCAAUUUUAUAUUUGUCUUUUAUUUUGUGAGUCUUUGUUUAAUCUCUGUUUCCUUCAAAUUAAAUCAUCUUGG